AAAGGUAGAUCUUAGUCUGACUCUCUGCGCGGAUGCGCACCGACCUUGGAGUCUCCAGACGCGCAGCGGAGGAUUUUGCGCACUGAAGUCAAGCAGAGCUGAAGAGAGCGCACAGCGAACGGACUGCUGUCUGACUGACUGCAGUCCUGUCACUGGGAUACGGGCUCACUUGGCUAUACUUUACCGCGUGCAUCAUUGCCUUAUUGAUACCAUUGUUUUGGAUUAAUUAGCGACAAGAUAGCCUACAGUUUGUUUCGGUUUGGCUUGAUUCGCAACUUAGAUGAGUGUUGUUUCAACAGAAAAACUGAAUGUAGCCGUUCCACCUUGUUUGUAGAGAAAUCCAAGUGUCCCAACUGCCCUGGGAAAAACUCAACAUCCUGAGAGACGGAGACGUUUGAGAGGAUUUUAGGACUCUUUCCCGAAAGUGGAUUGAACAAGGAUGAUUUGAACCGCCUUACCAAAUUAAGUGAGGUAUAACAUUUGAAACACGGUGAUCACAGCAAUGCUUCAAAGGCAUGUGCGUCUGUCCCUCUCCAAAUCUUCCAGAGAGGAUUUAAGCGCCGCUCAUUUUGAAUAAGUCAAGAAGUCACCAAAGAUGAGAGCUCUGCAAGCAUUCCUGUUUCUUUUCCUCCUGCACCAGGUCACAUGCAGGAAAGCGCAUGGAGGAGCCACGGAGCUCAUCGAGUGGGGCGACAGUGAUAAUGAACAGAUGAUUUCUCCCACGGCAGCCAGUCCACGGAUCCUCAACCCCCUGCGCUUGUUUGCCAGGGGCUCCCCCGGGUUCAAGAGCAACAUGAGGGAAAUUACAUAUUUACAGAACAUGGAGGACUUCUGGGACUGGUUAUCUAACCAGACAGAUGUUCAGGGUGCACAGGCCAGAACUAAACGCAGGCCCAUCGUGAAGACUGGCAAGUUCAAAAAGAUGUUUGGUUGGGGGGACUUCCACUCCAACAUCAAGACUGUCAAGCUCAACCUGCUGAUCACAGGGAAGAUUGUGGACCACGGGAACGGCACUUUUAGCGUUUACUUCCGUCACAACUCCACGGGUCUGGGGAACGUGUCGGUCAGCCUGGUGCCGCCCUCGAAGGUGGUGGAGUUUGAGAUUGCCCAGCAGUCCACGCUGGAGACCAAAGACACCAAAUCAUUCAACUGUCGCGUUGAGUAUGAGAAGACGGACCGCAACAAGAAGACUGCCCUGUGCAACUUUGACCCGUCCAAGGUGUGCUAUCAGGAGCAGACGCAGAGCCAUGUGUCCUGGCUGUGCUCAAAACCCUUCAAAGUCAUUUGCAUCUACAUAGCCUUUUACAGUGUAGACUAUAAACUGGUGCAGAAAGUAUGCCCUGACUACAACUACCAUAGUGACACUCCCUACUCCUCCACAGGGUGAUCUAGCUUGUUGUUAGUAUGCACCAAACUUUUGUUUGAUCAAAUAAUGUAAAUGUCAGCCCCUAAGCUCCUUGUCCCGAAAUACCUAACUACCUGAGACAUGUUGCAGGAAGUGCAACUUACACUGGGGGGAGGGGGGUUACAAAACUUUUGUAUAUACUGCAGACAAGUAUACAAAUCUAACAUUUGAGAUAGUUAGGUGUUCAGGGACUUGGUUUUAGGGGUUGACUUGGGAAUCAGAGCUAGCUACCAACCUAGGGUGACUCCUCCCCAUCACAACAGCACAUGUUCUCUGCAAACCACUGGUAUAAUUAGCAUGUUGUCCAGAUGUUUUCUUCAAGGCUAGACAAUACGCGAGCAGCCUCCCAGCUGGAAGCGCAUAGCUGGCUUGUGUGCCAGUGCUGCCUUCAUGCCAACAUUCUCAAACUAUUUCUUCACCUCAUUUCAAAAGUCAGUUAUGGGAUGAAAUAUGACAAAACUUUGAAUAAUGUUAAUAAUUACCGAGACAUUUGCAGUUAUUCAACGGGGCAUAAAAUUAGAUAUUUCACAUUUGAAAAUCCGCUGCAUUUAGACUUAUUAGUCAAAAUGAUCUGUUCAUUGCAUUCAAAGUAGAGCUAACAUUCAUUUGUACCUGUUAACUGAACACAAGCAGGACAGUGUCUAUUCUUUCAGAUUAGUCUGAUCAAUGGGUAUUUUUUCAAGUAGCUCUGAAUAAUUAGAAUGGCCUUACAAUUUAUCUUCAAACUCUUCAUAUCUUUCUUUAUAUGGACUAAAAUAGAGUUAACUGAUAAUGUACCCAUGACAAAAUAAAUGGAUCCAACACAUCUAAUCCAAAAGCAAGCAGAGAGAAUAAUGACAAAUCAUUACGCCUACGUAUGUAGGUACUCAUCCAUGUAUAACCUGGCUGCUGCCUUGUGUGUUCCUUAAAAUGUGUUGGUUUUCUGCUGCAAUCAUCAUAAGGUAUGUAUAUGCUAAACUAGUCUGAAAUCCAACAUCUGUGUUUGUAGGAUCCACUUUGAGGCAUGAGCCUGCCGAGCAGGCCCCGCAGUGGAUUAAUGUGUCAGGAGAGGCGGGGGGAAUGCGAUAAUUGCAGGACAGGUGGAUUUAGUGAGUCUGGCAGACAAUUAUCAGCACUUUGUCAUGGUCCUGCCACUAGCCUUGACAUUACCUGUCUUUAAUAGGCUUUAAUUAGCCUGGGAAAUUUCAUUUACCUAAGACGUGUAAGUGUGGAGAAACCCAAAAAAAAGUACUGAAUCUGUCUAGAAUUUUAAUAAGAAGUGGGACUAAAUUUGAAAAUGUCAGACAUUUCCCUGUUGUAGAACAGGCUUAAAGUGACUGACUUUUGUGUAAAAGUGGAAAACAUCCAUCUUGUAGUAAAUGGUGAAAUGUGCUUUGACUUAUAAAUCACUAAAAAAGUUUAAAAAGCUUCUGUUGAAAACCACCAACACGUCAUAAGGUGUUGAUUGCGUAUAUACCAGGCUUUUUAGGCUAAGGCAUGUGCCACUGACUAUCACAUGGCAAUUGUUUCUGUCAAUGUUACUUUAUUUGCUGUAUCUCAUAUCUUUCCCUGUCAGCUGUAAAUGAUCCUGUCCCAUUACACACAUGAGGAGUAUGGUGUAUGAUAAGGAAAUUACUAAAUCCGAGUUGAUCUAUGUUGAUGUUUUAGUUCCACUCCUUUGUGCAAAUGCUGUGUAUUAAUGUGUAACUCUAAAACUAAACGUGUUUACUUAUGGCUUCAGAGUAAACAAUGUCAAUUUAUUCUAAUUUGUCCAGAGAAAUAUAUCAAUAACUAUACUGUUCCUUAUUUUUGGUGUUUGUUAAGCGCUAUCAUGUAGAUAGAUGUCAUAUUUAUUGCUUAUGGUUAUAGAUUGUUUUGAUUUAAAUUGUUGUGAUCCUUGCAGAUUGUAUGUAUUUUGAUUUCCUGCUUGCUUAAUCUUGUUUAAACAGUUUUCCCUGUAAAAUAGGAAAUAAGAGCACUGCUGUGUGUAUAGUGUAAGUAAAAAUGUUCAUUUUGGAAUAUUCAAUUUCAACUGGGGUUCAUUUUGUUAAAAUGAAAUUGUAAAGCUCAAUUUAGGUUUUUAUGGCAUUAAACCUUAUUUGAACUUGGCUCACAGCAUAUUGCCA